GGAUGCUGGAAUAAGGCUGCCGGGGCCUUCUCCCGAGACUUCCGCCCUGCUUCCGUGGCUGCACUGCGCAUGCCCGCAACGCUGGUUUGGGGGUUCGCCUGCUGUGUCGCCUUGUCUUCAACCCUGGUGAGCAGCGCCAGAAGGGAUCGCAGAGACGUUUAAGAACCCGAAAGUUGGAUUUGUACUGUACUCGUUUAUAAGUUGUAUGCUUCAUGCUGUCCAACCUUGCCCCAGAAACCCAGUGAGGUGACACUUCGGUUUUGUAGAACAUGAAUGACUGGGUGCCCAUUGCCAAGGAGUACGACCCGCUCAAGGCUGGCAGCAUCGAUGGCACCGAUGAGGACCCACACGAUCGUGCCAUCUGGAGGGCCAUGUUGGCACGCUAUGUCCCCAACAAAGGUGUCACGGGAGACCCCCUCCUCACCCUCUUUGUGGCAAGACUCAAUCUGCAGACCAAAGAGGACAAGCUGAGGGAGGUCUUCUCCCGCUAUGGGGACAUCCGGAGGCUGCGACUGGUGAGGGACCUGGUGACCGGCUUCUCUAAGGGUUACGCCUUCAUUGAGUACAAGGAGGAGCGCGCGCUGCUGCGAGCCUACCGCGACGCCGACGGCCUCGUCAUCGACCAGCAUGAGAUUUUCGUGGACUACGAACUAGAGAGGACCCUCAAAGGGUGGAUCCCCCGGCGCCUCGGUGGUGGUCUAGGGGGCAAGAAGGAGUCGGGGCAGCUGAGGUUUGGGGGGCGCGACCGGCCUUUCCGGAAACCUAUCAACUUGCCAGUCGUUAAGAACGAUCUGCACAGAGAGGGGAAAAGGGAACGGAGGGAGCGGUCCCGAGACCGGCACUGGGAUUCGAGACCCAGGGACCGAGACCAUGACAGGGGCCGGGAGAGGAGGUGGCAGGAGAGAGAGCCGGCCAGGGCAUGGCCCGACAGUGACUGGGAACGGGAGAGGGAUUUCAGGGAGGACAGGCCUAAGGGGAAGGACAGGAGGGAGAGAAGCAAGUAGAGCUGGGUGCCAGGCCGGGUGGCAGGCGCUGCAAAGCUGGCGUGUGUAUGUAGCAGCAGAACGGGCCCGGCACGUGGGGUUUGGGUCCUGGGCUUUGGCCAGCGCUGUGGGCUUGCCGUCUUCAUCACACAGUUCCAAGGACACGUUAACCGACAGAGCAGAGUGGAGGGAGAAAACGGCAUUCCCGUUGGAUUUGGAGGUUGAGAGCUUGUUUUCCCCGUGUUUGACAUGAUUGUGACCCGUAGUCCUUUGCACCCUAACCUGACCAGGAUACAUCGUGUCCUUUCCCAGGUCACAUCCACAGCCCAAGAAUUUGCUGAACUAAAUCAAACCGGGAUAGAAAGUGGAUCUCAGAGUAUCCAGGGACUUAGUGCCGGGAGCCAGUUGGAAUGUCUGGGUCAGCACCAGCUCUGGUGGAAACGCUGACUGCUUCCUGAUCCCAUCUGGCAGUUACAGCUCAGAGCCAUGUGGCAGCCUCCCAGACAUGUGAAAACCUAAAGCUCAACCAAACAGGUGAAA